AAUAUAAAUAUAAAUCUGCAUUUUAAGUUAUCAAUAUUGUUGUUCUCUCCAAGGAAGAGUCCUCAUAUCUAUUUCAAGUUUCACUUGUGUUACUAGCUAUUUUCUAAAAUGGAUACUGUUCGUGUAAAAUAUACUAAGCUUUUCAUCAAUAACGAAUUUGUUGAUGCAGUCAAUGGGAAAACAUUUCCCACUGAAAACCCAGCCACCGGGAAAAAAAUCGCCGAUGUAGCGGAAGCUGAAAAAGAGGAUGUAGAUUUAGCGGUGAAAGCUGCUAAAGCCGCAUUUGCCCGUGGAUCAGAAUGGAGAAAUAUGGAUGCAUCAGCUAGGGGAAAACUUAUUAACACUCUUGCUGAUUUAUUGGAGAGAGAUGCUAAGAGGCUUGCGGCAUUGGAAACUCUCGACAAUGGAAAACCUGUUGAAGACUCCCUAGUAGAAAUUCAAGCUUCAGCUGAUCUUUUACGUUAUUAUGCCGGAUAUUGCGAUAAGAUUUAUGGAAACACAAUACCAGCUGAUGGCAAUCUCUUCUCCAUGACGAAGAAGGAGCCUAUUGGAGUUGUGGGACAAAUAAUUCCAUGGAACUACCCAAUACCAAUGGCUAUUUGGAAAUGGGGCCCAGCUUUGGCUGCUGGUUGUACUAUCGUCCUCAAACCAGCUGAACAAACGCCUUUAACAUCAUUGGAACUAGCUGCGUUGGCGAAGGAAGCUGGUUUCCCCAAGGGUGUGAUUAAUGUCAUUACAGGAUAUGGACCCAGUUGCGGCGCACCGUUAGCUUUACAUAAUGAUGUCCGAAAAAUUGCUUUCACGGGAUCCACCGAUAUUGGACAUAAAAUUAUGGAAUACGCUGCUAAAUCAAACUUGAAAAGCGUUAAUUUGGAACUCGGCGGUAAAAGUCCCUUGGUAAUUUUUGAUGACGCCAAUGUGGAUGAAGCGGUGGAAAUAGCUCACAAUGCCAUUUUCGCGAAUCAUGGACAAAACUGUUGCGCUGGCUCCAGAACUUUCGUACAAGCGGGUAUUUAUGAUGAAUUUGUAAAAAAAGCGGCCAAUAUGGCUAGAGAGAGAAAAGUUGGUGACCCAUUUGCCCCAGAUACACAACAAGGUCCCCAGGUUGAUAAGCUCUCAUUGGAUAAAAUUUUACGUCUUGUUAAUACCGGAAUACAAGAAGGAGCUAAACUGCAAACAGGAGGAAAACAGGUAGGUACAGAGGGAUAUUUUGUGGAACCAACUGUGUUUUCUGAGGUGACCGACGAGAUGACUAUCGCAAAAGAAGAGAUAUUUGGACCUGUUCAGUCUAUAUUGAAAUUUAAUACAUUGGAAGAAGUCAUUCAAAGAGCAAAUAAUACUGCUUAUGGUUUAGCUGCUGGAGUAAUAACCAAUAAUAUUAACAAUGCCCUUGUAUUUUCACAAGCAGUAGAAGCUGGAUCUGUAUGGGUCAACUGUUAUGAUGCAAUUACUCCACAAACACCUUUUGGAGGCUUUAAAAAGUCUGGAUUAGGUAGAGACUUGGGGGCUGAGUCGUUGGAUGGAUACCUAGAAACAAAAACAAUCACCAUUAAGUUGCCUUGCAAAAAUUGAAACAGUAAUUUUAAAAAACUUCUGUGUUAUAAUAUAAUAAUGUAUACUAUAUAUUAAAAAAUAAUAAUACAAUAAAUAUAAUAAUAUAAUUUAUAUUGAUGAAUUUUUCAAUAAAUAUUGUAAUAUAAAUAAUAUAAAA